GCGGGUUCACUAGUAACAUCUCACGAUUGCCUUAAUCUUCAGCACAGCGCCCUGACGCUAAGGGGCUUACGGGCCGCUGUAAGAGGUAGGAAAGAGGCGUCCUAGGGCACUCUCCAGCGGGAAGCAGGUGGAGGCGGACGUCGCUAUGAGGCUUAGGCAGGCGGCGGCGGUGGUGAUGGCGGUGGCGGUGCUGGGAGCGGCGGCGGUGGUGGACGGCCUGCCAAGCUUCUGGUGGGGAACGAGUGGCGAGUACUAUGACGAUGUUAUUGACCCGGUGUCCUCAGACAGCGGCAAGUCCCUCAUAGCCAAGCAGGAGGCGCAGGAGAUGGUGAACAAGUGGGUGACUCCAGGUGUGGCCACAGGUAACCUCUGGAGCCAAGCGUAUGCACCAGGGAGCGCAUGGGGCACCUCAUAUGACUGGCCCGCCACUAACACGUACUGGCCGCCGACAUACAACAGGAUAGUACGCGACGCUUCUGAGUCAGAUGACGAUGGCCAGUCCCAACAGAGCGGUGAUAAUGAUGGUGACAAGAAAGACGAUUAUAAACAAGGGGACGAAAAGAGCGAUGGAAAUAAGCAGAUCGAUGAGAAGGAGGAUAAGAAGCUGGGAGAGAAAGAGCAGGAUAAGCAGGAUAAGUCCGCUAAAGAUAAGCAGAAGAAAGACAACAAAGAAAAACAAGGGAAAAACAAAAGAAGUGCCCCCAGUAACGGAGAAGAGAAGAACAAAGGAAAAGAUACCAAGCCAUCACAGGAAAAGGGAAAACAGAAGAAUGGCAAGGAAGCGAAGAAGAAUGAGAAAACCAAGAAAGAUGGUAACAGCUCAGUGGGGCAGAAGAAGCAGGAAAUAGGGAAGAAAUACAAUACGAAGAAAUAUAACAAAUUCAAGGGAAGCAAGGAUAGUGAAAGCAGUGAAAGCAGUGAAAGCAGUGUGAGUAGCGAGAGCAGCGAGAGCAGCGAGAGCAGUGAAAGCAGUGACAGCAGUGAGAGUAAAGACAGCUCAGGAGAAAGCAAAGAAAAGACGAAGAUUGCAAAGAAGCAGAAGAGGACCGCUGGUGACUACUUGAUGGCUGCCAGAUUUCGAGAACCUGAAGUUUUGGAGGACGAAGAUGAAGUCGGGGAAUGGGUGAUGGUGUGAAAAUUAUGACAACACACACACACACACACAUACACACUCUCUCUCUCUCUCUCUCUCUCUCUCUCUCUCUCUCUCUCUCUCUCUCUCUCUCUGGAAGGGUGUUUGAUGAUUUAAAGUAAUUUACUUCGCUAAGACUCUUAAUUUUAGCCCACAAGAUGUAUACGCCAUGUAAGAUACUAUUGAGGGAAAAUCUAUUUCUACUUUUCUCUUUUCUCGUCCCUGGUUUCGCCCACCAUCAAGGGAGCUCUGUGAUGCGUGUGUUUUGUGUUAAUGUUGCUGUAAUAACGUUACUAGGAUGUU